AUGCAGGCAAUCGCAGUCGCCCAUAGCUGCAAGGCUUCCUUGUCUCUCAUCGAGACAGUUGUCAUCACUCCAUCUACUACACCCAGCGCUACGUUGUUGAGCGAUUCUUCGAUUGCUGAACCUUUGCGACAAGAAGGCGCUGCAGACGAUGAAUGCGCAAGCAGCGAUUCGGACGAUCUCGUUUUACUGUACCCCGACUCUGACGACAAUGAAGAUGACGGGAGUCGCACGGCACCUGUUGCUACGCAUUCCGAAGUCUCGACAGCGCCGACGAUCUCCAGUCUACCGAAGGGAGAUAAUGCCCAUGUCGACGAAGAACGCCAGGUCGUGCCCCUCAACAUAGUGUCAGCGGUUUCACCAACCGCAUAUGACUCCUCACUAGCUAGAUCGGCACACAGGGUCUUUAUCUUCCCUUUCAAUGCCCAUCCUCUCACUCGUGACUUCGCGUCUGGCGCAUACUCCACAACUUCGCGGCACUACUCGGUCGAUAACAACGCCAUAGUCAUCAACAUGUCGGAUGGGUCUUUCAAGUGUCGUCCUCCUCGAGGGUACGAAUACCUUGGUAUAGACCAUGCCGACAAUAUAGCGUGGCGCAUGAAGUUGGGAAGGUUCAUCGGCGGUGCAUUCUUUGCACGAGCGAACUCGGGCAUGUCGGAUUUACCUUCCACCACCAUUCAGCAUCGCUAA